GCUGUUUCCGCGCAUGCGCCGUGAGAUAAAGCGCGCUGCUCGACUCCCGUUCGUUUCAUUCAACAGUAUCGGCCCGUCGAUCACAGGUCACCAUGCACAAAAAAUCUGUGUUUUGCCCAGGGUGCAUUAAGGUCGUGUUCCGUAAGGGACCACUCGGAUAUCUCCUUCAGGACCCGACUGAGGAGGCCAGGGUGAUCAAAGAUAACCCAGCUCUUCAGGACAAGUCGGCACCAAAGAAGGAGGAGCUUGUCAGGCAAAAUGCUCUUGCUGUGGUCCGUCAGAGAGGAGGCGACGCCUCUGACAAAAGAGAAGUUCUUGGUGAAUACAUCCUGCAGUUUGGAAAGUACAAGGGGAAAUCUUUCCGGUGGCUUCUUGAAAAUGACAUGGGUUACACCAUCUACCUGAUAAAGAACCUUCAGCAGGAAGAGGCCAUGGGGGUCUUUACAUCAGAAGGACCCAGCAAGAGCAGUCUGUUAUCCUUUUCUAAUUAUGCCUGCAGUUUUAACGAAAUUCAGUCUCUGCUCAGUUAUGUGUCCAAAAAUCCAGGUGUACCAGCAGCCUCGUCGGAGGUGACCAGCUGGUUGGUUUUGGUGCUCAUGCGAAGAGUACGUGGCAGGAGAUUUGGAACAACAGGGCUGAUGGUUAUGCAUCCUUUAUAUUGUGGGCAACUUGUGUCCCGGGGACACGGAUGUACAAGCGGCAGCAAUACCUGCGUAAUCAGAUGCAGUCUGCCCGUCCGCAGCUUCUAA